GUCAUUGAACUUCCAGAUGACGAUGAAGAAGCGCCUCAAAAGAAUACGAGAAGGAGGGGCAGGACUUCAAGCAGGAGAACGUCUACCAACCAGGUGCCCCAGUCGACAUCAGCACCGGAGACAGUGGUCCAGUGAUCCAGAGAUCCGAUUCAGGUCUCUGUUUCCUUUGCCAAUCCUAUGUUGAUUGACCGUCCUUCGGUGUCGAUUGCUCAAGUCCCUGCUUCGCCUGCGCACCUCCAUGCCUCAGAUCCUGUGAUUGCUCCGACUGUACUACUGUCACCGCUCUUUGCUGCUCAUCAUACCCCAGAUGACCCGGUGGGUGCAGCCAAGGAAGCCAUACUCCAAGCAGGCCUUAUGAUGGAGCAGAUGAAGGUGGUGCAUGAGGCUAGCCAGGCUGCCUAUAAUGCCAGCUCUGCUCUGUGCAUUAAUGUCAAGAAAUCUUGUGAGCUCGGGGCCCAAUAUGCUAAGUUGGAGAAGAAACAGAUCAGCCUCAACCUUGACCUGGAGCUGGCCAAGAAGAAUCUUCAGAAGGCCAAGGACUGUCCACCUUAUAGUUUUUCCCUUUUAGUCUUUUGA